AUGCGCCUCUCAUUCCCAGUGCUGGCGUUUACAUUACUAAAUUCCCAACAUGUAGUAUGGGCGCUAACUGUAACUGCUACUUCUACGCUAGUAGAAGACGCAUCUGGCACGCCGAUCCCAACAGACCAAACAACUCCCACUCAGACACUUACCAAGACAGAAACGGAAACUCAAUCUUUUGGUACGACAGUUACCGCCACAGAAGUUGUCCCUAUACCAGCUCCUAGUGAGACAAUUAUCAAAACAGAACUGGUUACUGGAACCUCUACCACAUCCACGCCUAGAGAAACACCCACCCCUUCAGCAUCCACAACGACCCGACCAGAACUCGGGAAUGUACAGGCAACGUCACGACACAUGCUCAAAUCUGGCGCGAUCGCGGGAAUCUCAGUGGGGGUAGUGAUGGCACUAAUAGUCAUUGUGAUACUGGUCUGGACUCGUUAUCGAAGCAAAUGUUCCUCACCUUCCUCUCCAUUACCAACUCCGUUGACCGAACCCGUGUUCCCGAGGGAAAGAACCGAAAGACAAACUCUGGCACGAAGUUUCGGUAUGUUAAUCAAUCCACAUUCACCCAUCGAGCGACAGGUUGGCGACGGGGGUGAAGUCAAUGCGCAGGAGGGCGACGGCUGGCAACGACCACUAUCUUAUUAUUGGUCCACGGAAUUGCCUCCAGCAUACAAUGAUUCGAUGAGGCGGGCUCGGAAUGAGGGAAUAAUUGUGGAAGAUAAUGGGGCGUUCAGAAGCUUUUCUGUAAGGCGAGGUGUGGGGGUGCUUGAAGGAACAGGCUCCAAAAUAUAG